AGGGCCGGACGUGACGUAGGUAGAGUUCCGGCUUCGGCCUCCGCCGCUGCCUCCGCUACUACAGCCUUCGGCGCUCCUGCCGCUACUGCAACCGCGGCUUGGUAUUCCUAAAAUGGCGCCGCUAGAUCUGGACAAGUAUGUGGAGAUAGCGCGGCUGUGCAAGUACCUGCCGGAAAACGACCUGAAGCGGCUGUGUGACUAUGUUUGUGAUCUUCUCUUGGAGGAAUCCAAUGUUCAGCCAGUGUCAACCCCAGUGACAGUAUGUGGGGACAUACAUGGACAGUUUUAUGACCUUUGUGAACUAUUCAGAACUGGAGGUCAGGUUCCUGACACAAACUACAUAUUUAUGGGUGAUUUUGUAGACAGAGGUUACUAUAGUUUGGAGACCUUCACAUAUCUUCUUGCCCUAAAGGCUAAAUGGCCUGACCGUAUUACACUUUUACGAGGAAAUCAUGAAAGUAGACAAAUAACACAGGUGUAUGGAUUUUAUGAUGAGUGCCAAACCAAAUAUGGAAAUGCUAAUGCUUGGAGAUACUGUACCAAAGUUUUUGAUAUGCUCACUGUAGCAGCUUUAAUAGAUGAGCAGAUUUUGUGUGUUCAUGGUGGUUUAUCUCCUGAUAUCAAAACACUGGAUCAAAUUCGAACCAUUGAACGGAACCAAGAAAUUCCUCAUAAAGGAGCAUUUUGUGACCUGGUUUGGUCAGAUCCUGAAGAUGUGGAUACUUGGGCAAUCAGUCCUCGAGGAGCUGGUUGGCUUUUUGGAGCAAAGGUCACAAAUGAGUUUGUUCAUAUCAACAAUUUGAAACUCAUCUGCAGAGCACAUCAGCUUGUGCAUGAAGGCUAUAAGUUUAUGUUUGAUGAGAAGCUGGUCACAGUAUGGUCUGCUCCUAACUACUGCUAUCGUUGUGGAAAUAUUGCUUCCAUCAUGGUCUUCAAAGAUGUGAAUACAAGAGAACCAAAGUUAUUCCGGGCAGUUCCAGAUUCAGAACGUGUUAUUCCUCCAAGAACGACGACGCCGUAUUUCCUUUGAGGCCUUCGCCCAUCCUGCUGACCCAUUUUUCUGCCCUCUUCUUAUCCCAACUUUCUUGUACCCUCUAUGAUAUACUUUUUAUUGAGCACUUUGCUGCUGAAAUGCUGCCUCUUGCCUUUUUUUUUUAAUUUUUAAAUUAUCUAAAUUUAUUGUUUGUCAUGGUGUCUAUAGCAAUGUUUUUCUAUCAGUUUCCUUCCCUAUCCCAUCCCCACCUUGGACUCAUUUGAGAAGACUUGAGAAAUGUCUUAAUAUUCACACUGCUGCAUGUAGCUCUUAUUUACUGGUCUGGGGAAACAGAAUGUGUUUCCUUUUUAAAAAAAGCCAAUUGAAAUUUACACCAAAAUACUCUUCCUUUUGUAUCAUUCAGCCUUUUGUUUUAGUUUGGUAUGUUUUAAGAAAUUUCAGCAGCAAAGUUGUUAUUCUGUGGGCACGAUGGACUAGAGAUGCCUGAGUUAUGUAUACCUGUCCCAGCUGUAAACUUCAUUGUCCUUUGUUGGAUGAUAUUUUAAAAGGAUAUAAAAUAAAUUGGUCUAAAGGGCUGCCCUCCUUGUUGUGUUUUUAAAUUUAGUUAAAAACUGCUACAGCUUAUGACUUUGUACAUUAUGAAAAUUGUAUUGAUCUUUUUUCAGAUUCCUUGUAUUUUUUAAUAAAAUAAUCUUAAAACCCAGAUAGGUUAAGUGUUAGAACUUUUAAACAGCUUACAUUGUUAUCUUAAAGUUACUCUUUUUUCUUUUUCUUUCCUAAUCAGCAUUCUGGACCCUUUCGUUCUUGAGUUUAUUGUUUUUCCUUUAUUGAGUUUAAAACUUUAAUUGAAAUCCAAUAGUAUUUAUUUUUAAAAAAAAUUACAGAACUGUGCCUAAAGAACGUAACUGCCAUAUUAAUGUUUUGGUUUAUAUCCUCUGUAGUAAUAGAAAAAAAUAUUUAAUACUUAAAAUGCUAAUUGUUCAUUUGAUACCAGUUGAGUAGAAUGUGAUUGAUCCAGUUUACAAUCGAUAUCAUGAAUAUCACUAAGUAAAAAUAUAUGUACUUUUCAAUAGGAGUCAUUCUUUUCUUGCUGUAACACUUGACCUUAACUUUUAGGAAGUGUUCAUUUUUUAGCUGCAACUGGAAAGGUUGAAAAGCCAGGACUUGUAUUUGUGAACUAUAAUCUGAAGCAGAUUAUUUAAAGCAUAGAACGAAACAGACUUCUUUUUUUGUAAAAGUCUGUGAUACCCUACUUUAGUUUUGUGUAAUUCAAAUAUCCAAAGGGUUGUGAUGAUCAGUUCUUGAUAUGCAAUUGUCCACUUUAAUAAGGACAAGUGUUCCAGUAUCUCUUAUGGCUGUGUUCAUAAAUGAUGUUGGAGUGUAUCAUUUUGUGAAAUAGUUGGUGUCCCUUUACAAGUAUGAUUAAUUUUUGUCAUCCCAGGAAAUCCAUGUAAAGCCAGCCAGUUAAUAAAGCACUUUAGCAUUUCUUCAGGUAGUUUUGAAAACCAACUUUUCCCCUUCAGGAUAAAAAUUUCCAGGUUACCUAAAAAUGCAAUAAAAAUCUUUAUAGUAUAAGCUUCUUGGCACAUAAUUUUUCAUCAGGGUUUUCUUUUACUGAAUGAGCACAAUACUGUUUUGAUUUUAUUUUUCCCCAAUCACUCAGCUUCUUGUACAGCUUUUAAUUGUAUAGCUAUGUGAAAGAAGCAGCUGAAAUACUUGCUGCACACACUUGAACUAAUGUUGGUUCUGUAGCUCUGUGUUAUUGCCCUGACCCCAGGGUAAUUCAGGUGGGAAGAUACUUUUAUCUCACAGGGAUAUAUAGCUAUGUAUCUUUUAUUUUAUUUUAUUUUAUCUUUUUGAGACAGGGUCUCGCUGUGCAAUUCAGCUGGCCUUGAGCUCACUUUGUAGCCUAGGCUGGUCUCGAACUCGCAACGAUCCUCCUGCCUCAGCCUCCCAAGUGCUGGGAUUACAGGCAUGAAACACCACACCCGGCAUGUAACUAUGUAUCUUACUACUUGUGAAACACUGGAAACUAAUGACGCAGCCAACUUGGUGUGGUCGUGGAACAGCUUUUUGCAGUAUUUGUUUUUCUAUUACUAUAAAUUGUAUUUUAAGUGCUUGCUCUUCAUUACUUUUGAGUAGUACCAAUAAACCAGUAACCCUGAGGCCUCUCUUUCCAUUUGAUACUCCUUUGCUUAGGUUAAUAGAGUGUUUUCAUUCUCCUUACAAUGUGACUUUUUUUUUUAAAGUUAUAUCAGACUGCAUUUGUUUGUCACUAAGUGGGCAUGUGCCAAUAAUCUGUCCAUUCCUUACUGCCAUCUCUGUUUCGGUUGAUUUCUCUCCAACUGAAUAAUGGCUUUUUGCAUGGGAAGAAAAUAGUUUUUACUAGUAGACAUAUAAAGGGAAGAGAGAGAGAAUGUAUUGGACUUUGUAAGCUUAAAAGGAAUAUUUGGAUCCCUGUAACAAAUAAGGGCUAUGUAUUAUAUAGAGUGAUCAUGUGUUGGGACAUACUUGCAAGUCAUAGAUUUGUAGGCAGGAGGAUCUGUUAAUCCCUAUAUCUAGGCUGAAUGUAAAUUCUCACGUUGUAUUAAUGGGGGUAAGAAGUAUUUUUAUUUGCCUAUGAUACACUUGGUUUCUAAUGAAGUAUCCUAGGCUGUAGUGAGGACUGUCUACUUUGAAUUGCCAUUUACUCCCUUUCCUUACUUGGCUGAAUUGCUCUUGGCUAGCUUUUGUAGGUUACUGUAUCGCCUUGACAGAAUUACACUUCUCUAAAUGUGGUCAUUGCGUGUGAUCCUGCCAAGCCUGGAUCAAGAGUGCAUCUAAUAUGCAACCUGCGCCAAUCAGCUCCUAUUCCAUCUGGAUGUCUAGAACUGUUGGAAGAUUUUGACGUCUUAAACCUUGAGUUUUUCUUUUGAAGUAAGGUUCAAAAUAUUGUUUAUUGCAUUGAGAUGUGUGUGUGUGUGCGUUUUGUUUUGUAAACCCAGCACCAGGUUUUGGAAAAUGCCUAUAUUGUGAAAGUAAAUCAGGACUCUUUCUGAGCCUCUGUCAUUGUUGGAAAUAGAUUCGCUUUCUGUCAGCUUCCAGAAAACUGUCAAAGAGAUUUAACAGCAAGAAUCCAGAUUUUUAAAUGUAAUUGUUUUUUAAAUGCUAAUGUUUGUAAAGCACCUUCAGUUCUUUGGAUGAAAGGUGCUAUAUUCCCUCUGUAAAUUAAUAAAAAGAUUAUAGGAAGUUUGUCAAAAAUAAUUUUAUCUAAUGCAUAGUCUGUAGCACGUCCUGACAAGAAGUUAGCAUUUUGUAAAACAAAGAUUAAAAAAUGCUUAUUCCUUCACGUGGUUGCUUGACUGAUAAACAAAAGUGAAACUCUAUUUUUGUUAUGCAUUUGACUCUGGGCCGAGUAUUCCAGUUCCAUAAAAGCAACAGCUAUUGACCUGGGCUCUGCGCCCAGAACCCUGCUUUGUGAGAUCAUCACAACUCAUUCAGUGGUGUAUGUACAGUGCGUAGUAAUGCUGAUGAAUCAUAUAGUAAUAAAAAGUGAAAAAGAAACA